AUGUUAUCAAAUCGACCGGAAGUGAAGGAAGUAGCCGGACGACACAAGCGAAGCGUCUAUAGCUCUGUAUCUGGAUUGACGGACGAAGAGAGGUUUCGAUUGGUCAAGAAACACAACUCACUGAGGAGUCUUGAAGCAGCUAGUGAUAUGAUGCUACUGAAGUGGAGUAAAGAUCUGGAAAAAUCAGCCCAGUCCCACGCCAACCUUUGUAUUCUUCAGCCCAGCACGAGGAGGGACGUGGGCCCGGCAGAUGAGCACUUGGGGGAGAACGUUUACGCCGUGCCGCAUUCCCUGGACCUUGAAGAAUUCGUGCAGACUUUGUAUGAGGAGAGAAGCCAUUUCAAUUUUAAAAACGUGUCUUGUUUGGGUUCAGGCGAGUGCGGGCACUAUACACAGAUCGUCUGGUCCAGCAGCAAGUACCUGGGCUGUGGGGUCAAGUACUGUCCACACCUGCUGGGUGACCAACACUCCCCUAGCGGCUACCUGGUGGUGUGUCAUUAUAGACCCAGGGGUAACUACAUUGGUGUCGAGCCUUUUAAGAGAGGACCUGUCUGUUCAUCGUGUCCAAAGGAAACAAAGUACUGUGUACGGGGAUUGUGUGCGUACCGGCCUGUUAUAGGAUCAAUGUCACCGAAAUACCAUAUGUCAUGUCAGUUUUACGGCGUGGAUAUCUUCUGGUGGAUAGUCGUCCUAAGAUUAAUGAUUAAUAAAUUUUAUGUAAUUUAUAAUUGAUUGUUUUUACUUGCUACAUAAUAAAUGGGCUGUAUGUAGUGUAUAUCAUGUGAUGGAAACUUGUGGAUUGUAUACAGUGUAUAUCCUGUGGUGGAAACCUGUGUAUACAGUGUAUAUCCUGUGGUGGAAACCUGUGUAUACAAGGUAUACCCUGUGGUGGAAACCUGUGUAUACAGUGUAUAUCCUUUGGUGGAAGCCUGUGUACAUAGUGCAUAUCUUGUGAAUGGGAUCUUGUGGACAGCAUGUAGUUAUAUCUUGUGAUGGAAGCUUGUGGACUGUAUGGAGUGUGUAUC